AGAUAUCUUUUGAAUCGAUGAAUUAUCGACCCCAGUGCCUUAAUACUUUUUUGUAGACAAUAAUAUAGUGCAACAAAUUACGUUUAGAAAAAUAUAUAGUUCCAUUUUCAAAUCUUUGGAACUCCUCCACUUCCGGCACUAAUAAAUAUAUCACACGAUGCUCCAUUCAACACCAUUCAAUUUUCCCUGUGCACGUGUAUGUCUGAUACAAAAUUGAUUAUGCAAUCAUCAUUUCUGUACAAAUUCUUUUCAUGUACCUGAAGGUAACAUAAUUAAAGGUAUGCACACAUAAAAAGCGAACAUCCUAAGAUCACAAUUUGCAUAAUCACGUAGAAGAUAAACUAUAAUUUGUAAUUUUAAUUAAAGUAUCCUAACAGCUCGAUACUAUCGUUGUAUCAAACAUACAUUCCCUUCGCCCUGUUUUCUUUUAAUCAGUCAGAAACGCUAAUUGCUUCGAGCAACGCGAACCUCUCGCAUCAGGUAAGAACAGGAAAAUCUAAGAGCAACAGAAUACGCGGGCAAAGCGGAAAGAAGCCUGCAGCUUUAAUUCCAUUACAUCAGCAACAAGGUUCUCGACAUUGAUUCGAAAGUUGCAAAAAGCAAGCGUAAAGGGCCAAGGAGCGAAGGUAUGGCGAGCAGAAGGGUCGGUGCGCGAAGCUGGUAGCGCGAAAAAGCUUUUUGCAGCGGAUUUAACACGGACAGAGGCCGUCAGGUGGCCAAGAAAGCAGGCAAGCGCGGAGCGCAAUCAAUACGCUCGCAGAACGCGGCGGUGCCUCGUGCGCGGCAGCUCCGGCUGAGCUUUCAGUCGGACGUAAGCUCGCGUCGAAAAAGCUCAGAAAAGUUUGCUCGCUCGUUCUUUCCGCCGCGUAGCACCGGAUCGUCGCGAGGCCACAGGGUGGUGGACUUGUAGCAGGCGGUAAAAUGGCGACCGCGAUACGAAACAAAUGACUUUGCUCGAAGAAACAACGCGAAUGCUUCAUCGUGAUCAACUCUGAACACUUACGGAGACUGUAUUUCUAUGAAGAGGUUCACUGGCGAGCUCGACUCGCUGCUUGAAAAAGCGCCGUCCAAAACUACUAAGGACUAUAGGAAAAACUAGCCGCGGCUAAUAUUCGCGUAUACACAGUUCUCGCAGGUGUACGAAUCGGCGCGAUGAUCGAAUCAAUGAUAAAAAGCUCCGGGCAGAGUUUACUCGCGUGUCUGCACGAGGACGCGUGAAGGAUUUAGGCCGGAAUUCGAUUAUAUCGACCGUGGAUCCUUUUCGCUACGAACACCGAUAUAACGGACUAAUGGUAUUAAAAGGUCGCGUGUGGUGGUCGAUUCUUAGCUGAGUGACGAUUGCUUGGGUCGGUACCGGCUUCGAUGACCUGACGAACCUUACAACGGCUACGCGGAUCCAGUUACGCGAUCAUGCAUUUGCACUUCGAGAAGAAUAACAAUGCCAAGUGCGACUGCAACAUCCUGUCGCUUAGCUGGAUGGGCAAGGUGCCGGACGAGUCGCCGGAGGACGAGGGAUGGAAACUAGACCGUACAAAUUACUACCAGGAAGGAUGGCUGGCCACCGGUAACGCUCGGGGGUUGGUAGGGGUGACUUUUACCACGUCCCAUUGCCGGACAAGGGCCACGGAACUUCCGCUCAGAGCAAAUUACAACCUCCGUGGACAUCGUAGCGAGGUGAUACUUGUAAAAUGGAACGAGCCUUACCAGAAGCUGGCCUCUUGUGACAGUUCCGGUGUCAUCUUCGUUUGGAUCAAGUAUGAGGGAAGAUGGAGCAUAGAAUUAAUCAACGACAGAAAUAUUCCAGUCACGCAUUUUUCUUGGUCCCAUGAUGGUCGUAUGGCUCUCAUAUGUUACAGGGACGGUUUUGUACUAGUCGGCAGUGUAGCUGGUCAAAGGUAUUGGUCAUCGAUGUUGAACGACAAAGCUACCAUUACGUGUGGAAUUUGGACACCGGACGACCAGCAGGUAUAUUUCGGGACAACGGCUGGACAAUUAAUAGUAAUGGAUGUUCAUGGGGCCAUGGUGUCUGAAGUGCAGUUAGCAGCUGGUGUCACAUCAAUGGCCUGGAGCGCGGAAAAGUUUACGAUGGAAGAAGGGGAUGACGAUUUAACGAACGACAGAUCUCACCGAGACGACCGGAAUUACGUGCUAGCGGUUUGCCUAGCAGACGGUAACAUCGUGAUGCUUCGUUCCUUCGACGACGUUUCUCCUAUCACCAUCCGUACAAACCUGAAGGCACCUCUACACGCAGAAUGGAGCAAUUCUAGAAAACUCCUAGCAAUCGCUGGAACGAAAGAAACAGAUGGUUCUCAGGGUACCCCACACGAGUACACGAACCUGUUAAAAUUUUACUCGGUCACCGGUAGUCUUGUGUAUACUACGGCGAUACCGUACACGCAAUGUCCGGUAUCGGCGCUCACGUGGGGUCACAACGACAGGAGACUUUUUGUGGCGACCGGUGCUCGCGUUCACGCCGCAUGGGUGUCGAGCGUUUGGUGCACGAUCCACGCGUUCCGCAGACGAGUAGGUUCGCUGCAAUUGUUGUCUCGUUUAGCGGUGAGGGCAGCCCUGACCAGAGAGUCCAGUGUCCAACAACUUCCGCUUCCGCCGAGAUUGAGGGCAUCUGUGGCCGCACUUUUUGCUAGCACGAUAAGAUGUUCGGUACCGGAGCCCAGAGAGCUAAGACGUUUCGUAUCUCGUCCACCUCCAGGAGGAGGAAGACUCCAUUGCACCAUGCUCAGACACGCAGUAGAACCUGUACCGUGUUACACGCUAUACUUGGAGUAUCUGGGUGGACUGGUGCCUCUGCUGAAAGGAAGAAGAACUAGCAAAAUUAGGCCAGAAUUCGUGAUAUUCGAUCCACAGAGUCAGGACACCCUCCAAGUGGUCGAGGAUACGUCACAGUGUCCAUCAUUUAGUGACGGAUCUGACACGGAAAGGGACACAGCUGAUCUGUGCGGAUCCCCCAGGAAUAAGAGGAAGAACAGAAGAAAAAAGGAGGACAAGUCGAACGAAGAGUCGGAUGAUCUCACCUAUGUAGCCACGUUACCUGAGCACGCGAGGUUGGUCGAAGUGACGUCCAAUAUCUGGGGCACGAAAUUCAAGUUUCACGGGUUGGCGGAUUCGGUGCCGGCCAACUUGGGUCAGGUUACUUAUCGAACGUCGCUGUUGCACCUGCAGCCACGACAAAUGACUCUGGUGAUGACGGAGCUGCGAGACGACGUUCCAGCGGGUCCAGAUCCAACCUUCAACCCUAAUCUGUUUUCCGAGGACGAAGAAGAAUCCUUCCAGGAGCUGCAAGCCUCCUCCAGAAGCACCUCCGAGGCGCAGCCUCCCCCAAUCGCGCCUAUGACCCCUCGCAACGCGCGACUCAACGCUAAUCGUCCAAAAUCACAAAUCUCUAACCAAUUUAUGGCGAGUGAACCUUUACCAGCUACUCUGUCCAGGGUGGAGAACUACGAGAACGAACUGCCCUACGUAGACCUGCAAGAGAUGGGUAAUCUCUACGAGAACUUGAGAACUGCACCCCCUAACACUUAUCGGACACCACCGAGACACAAUCCACCAAGGUGUUGCGAUGUUCCAGCAUUGCAGUCGCCUAAGAACGCGGUCGCACCCACGCAGACCAUAAUCGCGACCUCGAAUACCGGAACUGAUUACUCGAAUAACAUCCAAAGAAUGAAAACUGCUCUGACAGACCAACAGCCUGGUCUGGUCACCAAGAAAGAGCUGGAGAAUAACAAAUUCAAUCAGAUCUCCCAAGAAGAUAAAACUAUCCUGAACAGUUGCCCGUCGACUAUCAUACCCACCUCCAUGCAUAAUGGACAAGCCUGCAGUACGGAAGCGUCCAGCAGUCAUGGUUGCUCUCAAGAGUCUAUAGUGAAUGGUUUGAACAGCAACAGCUGUUCUCAGCAAACGAUAUUCAUGAACGGUCUUCACAUGGCAUGUUCGAGUAAUCUGAACAAUGGUAAAGGUCACAAUGGUUCUUCUAGUAUCGGUCAAUCGUUAGCCACAAAUUCGAAUACUCAAUAUGGACAGAGCAAUGGUCCUUUCAACAAGAAUGGUAUACACCUGGGUAGCAAUCAUUCUCCGGCUUGUUCUUAUCAAUUCCCUGAGAAUAUCGACCAGUGUAUCGGUCAAUCCUGUCCCCACUGCAGUUUAAAACUAAAGGACACGAAAUCCCAUGAAUUGUGUGGGAAGAUGAGUGCCAGUGGUUCCACAACUGCCAGAGUGGACGAGAUGCGUUUCAUCGACGAAGAGGCUCGAAGUGAGGUGGAAACGUUUGAAAAUUCACGAGGAGUUCACAGAACACCUACUGUCGUCAGCAUCGGACCACUUUGGCUGAACGAUUCCAUAGUUAGAAGUUGCAGUGUUGGUUAUCUGGACAUGGUGGAUGCCCAGUUGGUCCCCUGCGACGUGGCUUUGAAAAUGCUGAGGAAAGAGGCGCCUAAUAAGAGGCUAGUGUUGGUGUCGAGGAAGACCAAGAGGAGGAAAAAGAACAAGGCUCAACAAGAGAUCGUCCAACAGAGUUCCAAGUCCCCGAGGCUACGAAACUGUGGCAAAUCCAAGAGUUUGGACUCCAGUGAUAUAUUCCCGGCUAACGAACAGAUUGCUUUGCCACCCAAGUUACCCGAACACGUGGAGGAAGCGACAGGGACUGUCAAUCUAGAGACGGUUGAAGACAAGAGUAACGAAUCGUUAAAUGAUCCAGAUGCGAUCGAAGGACCCAGCGAUUGUACCCAAAAUGUUAUCAGUAACGUGAUUAAUCCUGAUGUUAAACCCAGUCGACUGAAAGGUUGCAACUCACCUGCUAGAGGUUCUAGUCCAAGUGGAUCAUUAGCAUCAUCAUUGGAUGGUCUCGCAGCUCGUCUCCGUGAUUUUGAUGAAAGUCACUCUUUACCUCCGCCAUCGCCUCGUCCAUCGGCCAGACUGCCUAGGAGUUCUCCUAGCAGUCCAGCACCUUCCAAGAAGGGAAAAAGACCUGCAUCAGCUUCGCCAAUUAGGAGGAGACUUCUAUCGAGUCCUUUGCUAAGUAGAAAAACGCGGAAGAGUCGAGGCGAAAGCUCGGACGAGGAAGGACUCCUACAAGAUGAUUCAUCAACGAAUUAUAGGAACCUCGAAACGUUUCAGAAAGCGCAGUUGCGACAAAAGUUGAAGCAAAAAGGGGGAGGAUCAUCGAGUCACAAGUCAGAGUCAGUGAGACGAGAACUUGUGAUGCACAAUAAGGCACCUAUGUGGAACGAGUCUAGCCAGGUGUAUCAACUUGAUUUCGGUGGCAGGGUAACUCAAGAAAGCGCGAAGAAUUUCCAGAUCGAAUUUAAAGGCCGACAGGUCAUGCAAUUCGGGAGGAUAGAUGGGAACGCCUAUACGUUAGACUUCCAAUAUCCUUUCAGCGCUUUGCAAGCAUUUGCCGUUGCCUUGGCCAACGUUACGCAACGCCUCAAGUAAUCGUUAGUCGCCGAUUUGUGCGAAAUUCGGAACGCAACUACCAGGAAAGAUACUGUAUAUUAAAUUAAAGUAUUCGUCCAGAAAAGAAGACAAAAAAAAAAGAAACUGAAGAAGAAAAACUAAAUAUAGCAAGCCAUAGGGAAAAAGCUGAAGCUGUAACGAUACGCUACGCAUCUAGAAUACUAAAGAACGAAAGACACGUUUAAAUACAGCUUUCAAGCAUGUAAUAGAGCCGCAUGUCUUUCGAUUAUUAAAAACUAGUGACGAGCUAGAGUAAAUCUUUAAGGUAAACGAGCGUUAUACACCAGCCGUCUCCGCGACGUAACAGAGAUUUUCCCGCCCAAAAUCUCGAAGCUGAAAAAAACACAUGGCCUUCCGUUGUAGCGCGAAAAAGAAGAGCAAAAGAAAUACCUCUCGUAUCUAUAACGCCUUCGAAGCUAUUGAACGUGAUUUUGAACGCGUCGAAUCGCUGAAUUUUAGCGAGAGAAUGAAAAUGAAAAAAAAAUCUAACAAACACACAAAGAGAUUCUGUGUCACGAGGAACCAUGGUGGAAAGGAAAAUACUAAAAAAAAAAAAAAAGAUUUUGUUAAAAAUGCUUCUUCGUCGUACCGUCCAACAAAUGUAUUUCGUUUAUCCCAACUUCGAGCGCUCAUUUUUGUAUAGUUUAUGCGACACGUUGGAGUCUAGUAAUGCUGUUGAAAGUUCACCUCGUUCAUUUUUGCGGUCCGCCGGGUGUAUUCGAAUUUUAUAUACAAUAUAAUUAUUAUUGACGGACUCGAAUCACCGCGCGAGCCUUUCAUGUUGUUCGAUUAAAUGUUUCUUAUGGCGUAUUAUAA